CCUGCACCUUUUAGUUUUUUAAGGGAAGCUCCCACACCUUCUUGAUCGGCUCCCUCCCUCCUCCUUUUUCUUUUUUUCUUUUUUUUUUCCUGCCAAAUCGCCAUCCCACGACAGCCUACCCGGAGGAAAAGGAGUCGGGGAGGGGAAAGCGAGGACACACCCGCACAUACUGUACCCGGUGUGCGCGGCGAGGAUGCUGCAGCCAACAUGAGGCAGAGGACCUGAUUGUCGCAGUUAUUUACCUCCCUGGUACCCGAGUCCAGCGGGAGCGUCAGUCACAUCCACACAUGGAGAAGAUGUCUGCAGUCAGAUCCUAGGUGACAUCCUGUGGCCGUCAGGUCUUUACAGUGUUGAGCCCCCUCCCUCUCCUGGCCCCUGCCUGCAGUUCUCCAGGCUGCAGGACCCAGACUCACUGAAAGGUGCAGGCCUCCUCCCCCUGCAGAAUGACUGUUGCCACAGGCGACCCCUCCGACGAGGCGGCUGCACACCCGGGGCACCCGCAGGACUACGACCCAGAGGCCGACCAUGAGUGCUGCGAGAGGGUGGUCAUCAACAUCUCAGGGCUGCGCUUUGAGACUCAACUCAAAACCCUCUCCCAGUUCCCAGAGACUCUGCUCGGGGACCCCAAAAAGAGGAUGCGGUACUUUGACCCGCUAAGGAACGAGUAUUUUUUUGACAGGAACAGACCCAGCUUUGAUGCCAUAUUGUAUUAUUAUCAAUCAGGAGGCCGGCUACGAAGGCCGGUCAACGUUACACUAGAUAUUUUCUCAGAGGAGAUUCGUUUUUAUGAGCUGGGCGAGGAGGCCAUCGAGAUAUUCAGAGAAGAUGAAGGUUUCAUUAAGGAGGAAGAGCGACCUCUUCCUGACAAUGAAUUUCAGAGACAAGUAUGGCUACUGUUUGAGUACCCAGAGAGCUCAGGUCCCGCUAGGAUUAUCGCCAUAAUCUCCGUCAUGGUCAUCCUGAUAUCUAUUGUCAGCUUCUGCUUGGAGACCCUCCCCAUUUUCCGCAACGAUGAGGAUGAUAUGCACAAGUCUCAGGCGCAGGUUUUCUCACCUGAGACCAACACCACAAUCAUCAGCUACACCUCCACCUACUUCACCGACCCCUUCUUCGUCCUGGAGACUCUUUGCAUUAUAUGGUUCUCUUUUGAGUUUCUAGUUCGCUUCUUUGCCUGCCCCAGCAAAGCAGGCUUUUUUGGUAACAUAAUGAACAUUAUUGAUAUUGUCGCCAUCAUCCCUUAUUUCAUCACUCUCGGCACGGAGUUAGCAGACAGGCCAGAGGAUGGUCAGGCGGGUCAGCAAGCCAUGUCUUUAGCCAUUCUCAGGGUCAUCCGUUUAGUGCGAGUCUUCAGAAUAUUCAAGCUCUCUCGUCACUCAAAGGGGCUCCAGAUUUUGGGUCAGACCCUAAAAGCCAGUAUGAGGGAGCUCGGCCUUCUCAUCUUCUUCCUCUUUAUAGGAGUCAUCCUGUUCUCCAGUGCCGUCUACUUUGCUGAAGCAGAUGAGCCUGAAUCGCAGUUUGAAAGUAUCCCGGAUGCGUUCUGGUGGGCUGUGGUGUCCAUGACCACAGUUGGCUAUGGUGACAUGGUCCCAACUACGAUUGGCGGCAAGAUUGUGGGGUCCCUCUGUGCCAUCGCCGGUGUGCUGACCAUUGCCUUGCCUGUGCCUGUCAUUGUGUCCAACUUUAACUACUUCUAUCACCGUGAGACUGAAGGCGAGGAGCAGGCGCAGUAUCUGCAGGUCAACGUGCCCAAAGCCGACUCGGCCGAGGAGCUGAAGAAGAGCCGCAGUGGCUCCACCAUCAGCAAAUCGGACUACAUGGAGAUCCAGGAGGCUGUGAACAACAGCAACGAGGACUUUCAGGAGGAGAACCUAAAGACGGCCAACUGCACGCUGGCCAACACAAACUAUGUAAACAUCACCAAAAUGCUCACAGACGUGUAGUCAUCUGGUAUUUUCCUGCCCGUCACAGCUGGUAAUGUGGAGCUAAGCGACUGAGUGGGACAGGUGCACACCUCCCCGCUUCAUGUGUGCUGGAUAAAUCAAGGCAAUAGAAUUCAUGAUGUUGAUGAUGACCGACUGAAAAAUAUUGCAAAUACCACCCACUUCCCCCCGCUCUCAUCCUGUCCUCACUCUUCACAACUUGCCCUUAAAACUCCUGAAAAAUGUCAGUUCAAUCUCAAAUCUUGCAUUUCUGCAUGGAGUUGGCUUUGUCUUUGUGGCUGUUCAAAACAAAGAAAAAAAAAAAACCCUUCAGAUUUCUUGCUCACAACAGUAGCCAACAGUAGUGCACUAAGAGGAAAGAAAAAAAAGGAAACACAAUGAGAAAAACUAGCUUU